AUGGGAUGUGAACAGGAUAGGUGCAAAAAUCGCAAUCAGCAUGAUUGUGUCAAACGACCACCAAGCUUCUAUCAACGAAAUAAAAUGUCUAUACGAAUGGCCGCUUUAGGUGCAGCAACGCUUGCUGGUGGCUUCUUGUUUUAUAAACAUUACUUACACGGCAUGGUACAUGGGAACGAAGACUGCUGUGAAUGUGAAUGUGGAAGUAAAAAAACGGCGUAGUGUAUGUCCAACUGUCCAUCAUGCAUUUGUAGAUCUAUAUUCCCUAGACUAACGAUAUCAUUUCAAAUCGACCGCCAAUUCACAGAGUGCAGUCCUGUCUUGCGUAAGGGCGAUCCAAAUGUCUGAUCUUUUCUCUCUUUCUAGCUCAUAUGUGUAAGUUCUGAUUUUAUCUUGCAUUCCAUUCUAGUCUAGAGCAUACUUCAUUCUUCUAGAUUAGCUUUUAGCAUUUGCUGUCCCUGUGUGUACAUUACGUAUCAGUUUCGUUUUUCGUCCUAAAAUCUUUUUAAACAAGAAAAAUGGCUGGAGGAGAACCUAGCAGCUCUGAAGCAUCAAAACUGACCGGCCUCAGCAAAAUUUUCAACAGCACAACCACCCAAGGAAGGGCAAAUGUAGCCAUGGCCACUUAUGCAGGUGUGGGACUGAUCAUCGCUUUCUUCAUGCUGAAACCAAAGUCAAAAAAAGCCACCUAAAUUGCAUAUUAGUUAAUAAGUAAUUAUUUAAUUUAAUAAGUUAUAGUAAACAUUAAUAAAAUUAAGUUUUGAAAAUUA